AUGCCUUCAUCCUCGAGUACAGCCCGUGCAGGCACUUCUUGCCGUCGCUGUCACCGACGGAAGAAGCGUUGCGACCGUACACUUCCACAAUGUGAGACCUGUAUCCAGGCCCAUGUGGAAUGCAGUUUUCUCGAUGAUGAUCGACAAGUCGGCACAUAUCCAAUCGCAUACGUGCAAGGACUGGAGACUCGCGUUAAGGAGCUUGAAAAGCAACUUUCCGCGGCCUUAGUAUCAUCGCCGUACCCUAACCUCCAUCCUGACCAUGACUUCGACCAGCCAAUAAUCAACUUCGCAACACCCCCGGAUACAGACAACAGUGACACCUUCCCCUUUGCGACUCCUCCAUCUCACAGCCGAUCGGACUUUCUGGUCGAUGAGCUCAAGCGACUGUCCCUAGAAGCUGCAGCAGAACGACAUCUUGGUUCGUCAUCAGGACUAUCCUUCGCCAAGCUAACCCAGGCAGUCUUACGACGGCUAUCCCCCGACAAAGCCGAAUUUGUAUUCGAUGAUACUCCUGAUGAGUCUACAGAGCAAUACGAUGGACCUCUCUCAGAUCCUCUACUCGAUGCGUCAACUUCGCUCUGGGAAUUGAACAACUCCUUCUCGUCGCCAUGUCUAUUCAACCAACUCCCUCUGUCACACGUCAUGGAAGACGAGACAACGCUAGCUGAUCUGCAGUUCCCAGACAGGGCACAUAUUGAAUACCUAAUGGAGUUUUACUUUGCACAUUCCCACACUCUGUACCCUAUCAUCCGUCAAACCGAGUUCGCAUCCGUCAUAUGGCGAGUAUACAACAACCCACAGGACCAUCUAGCAGGGUCCGCGCUGUGGAUGUUCCGCAUCUGGAUGGUUCUAGCCAUCGGGUCGACAACACACUGCUCAGUGACAUUGGGAGACGAGUCAGAGUCUAUACUGUACUACAACAGGGCGAUGGUAUACUUCGAGGACGCGCUUGGUUUAGGCGAUAUGGCUGCGCUAGAAGCUAUGAUGCUGCAAGUCUCAUACUCCUUCUUCAACCAAGUUGGUCCAAAUACAUUCUUCCUUGUCGGGGUCGCCGCCCGCAUGGCCAUCGGUAUAGGCCUACACAGCUCCUCAAGCUACGCCAAUCUUCCAUCUGAUGUGAUCGAAUACCGCAAGCGGAUAUUCUUCUCUCUAUACAUGAUGGAUAGAGUAGUAUCCAUAGCCCUAGGCCGCCCCUUCGCCAUCCACGACAACGACAUUGACAUCGAUCCCUUCACCGACACCGGCACAACAGACGACCCAAACCACACUACCGACCUCUCCAUACCGCUCCACAUCCUCUCCCUCCGCCGCAUCGCCAGCGAAAUCACUACCGCCCUGCACUCCCCAACCAACACACCAAAUCAAGACCGGAAUAAAACCCUCCAAACCCUACACAAGAAACUCCUCCACUGGCGACGCACCAUGCCCUUUCCUCUUCCACCAACCCCAUCCCCAAUCCCACACCUCACCAGCGCCUGGUUCGAUCUGAACUACUACACGCACAUGACGAUGCUAUACCGACCCUCUCCGCUAUUCCCCUCUCUAGACGAACAGAAAGUGAAGGUGUUAGCAACAGCCGCUGCCAUGGCGAUCCGGCAGGCGAUGAAUCUGCAUCGGCAGGGCCGGUUCGCGUACAACUGGCUGAAUCUGUUGGGGGUGUUUCAGAGCGCGGUGGCGCUGAUGUAUGCGACGCUGGCGAGGCCGGAUGAGUUGGGGGUUGUGGUUAGGAAGAGUAAAGUUGUGGAGGAUUUGGGGCUGGUGGCAGAGUUACUGAGGGUUUUUGGGAGGAAAUUUGGGGUUGCGCGGAGAUUGGAGAGGAUUGUAGGGGUUGUGGUGGGGAGGCUAGAGGGAUAUUGUUCCGGGAAAUAG